AUGGCAUCUUCGACGCAGGAGACAGCACCGCAUUCUAGGACGCUCGACUAUGGCAGGUCGAGUUCGUUGAACAGGAGGAAAGCUGCGGCGAAAGGCGACCUGGCGAAGCUGAUAUGGUGCUUCAUCGGCGUGGUGGGCACGCUCAUCAUAUACGGCAUUGGCCAGGAGCGGAUAAUGAAGUUCCCGUACGGUGACAGGGAUGAGGACUCGGAGUACUUCCAGCACUCACUCUUCAUCGUGCUCUGUAACCGCCUCAUGACGUGCGCUGUGGCAGUCAUAGUGCACCUGGUGACAGGAGCGUCGUUGGCUCUAGUGGCUCCAAUUUACGCCUAUGGCGCUGUGUCACUCUCCAAUGUUAUCUCCUCCGGAUGCCAAUACGAGGCCCUCAAGUACGUGAGCUUCCCUCUGCAGACCAUAGCCAAGUCAUCCCGCAUGGUGCCUGUGCUGAUCUGGGGCACGUUGAUAUCGCGCAAGCAGUACAAGCCCAGGGAGUACAUCAUCGCCAUCACCAUCAUCCUCGGCUCCUGCCUCUUCUUCCUCAACGUGACUGCACGCACGAGUGUCAAGAGCACGUUCUCCGGCCUCCUGCUCAUGCUCGGAUACCUGGGCUUUGACGGCUUCACCAACACGUUUCAGGACAAGCUGUUUGAGGGCUAUGACAUGCCCGCUGCCAACCAGGUGCUCUACAUCACGCUCUGCUCCUCCGUCAUCAGCCUGCUUGGCCUGCGUCAGGACCUAUCAGCGGCCAUUGCAUUCAUCGUGCGCCAUCCCGACUGUGCUGCCCACAUCGCCGUGCUCUCAGUGGCGGCCACCAUAAGCCAGUUCUUCAUCUCCUACACCAUCAAGACCUUCGGUGCUCUCACCUUUGCCACCAUCAUGACCACGCGCCAGUACCUCCUGUUCGUAUCUUCUCAACCCAUGCCCCCGUUUCCAAGGCAUUUGUCCAAGGAGAAGUAG